AGUGGAGUGGAAAAGUAAUGUAUUUGCAUAAAUAUUAAUUUUAAUGUUAAUUUUUGAGAAUCUGUUCUAUUUUUAUCCAUUGUGUUUAAGAAUUUAUGUUUAUGUGGAAUUUAGUUUACAAUGAGUGGGAAUUUGUUCUCAUUUUACUUGGGUUGUGGAUACAAAUUGUUUCUUUCAUUACUUGACUUGCUUCUCAUGACAGGUUGAAAUGCUCAUUUGAGAGGAAGUUUGGUUGUGAUUUUACAUUUUGGUUUGCGUGGCUCAAUGCAGAACAACGAGCAUUCACUUGAAUUAUUUGCUAAUUUUUUGACCAGUGAUGUAGGAUUUACUCUUUAUAGGUUACUAUUCUGAUUAUAUUUUCUUGAUGCUAAUGGUGAAUAUUCCUUUUUUUAUGUCACUAUAGUUUCAAAAAUUUUCAAGGUAUAAGAAAUUUAAAGGGAAAAUAUUUGAGGUUUUCAGAUAUUUGAAGUUUUCCUGUCACAAAUGCCAUGCUCCUUUAUUGUUCAAACAUUGCUAAAUUGGUUCAUGAUUGUACUUCAUAUGCUAUUUUAGAAGACUCAAUACGUUUCAUCAUGUUACUGUUUUGAAAGCGUUUCAUUUUCAUUCAUUUAUAACUCGUGGGAAGUGAUAAGCGGGCCAAACAAGAUACUAAGGAAAAAUGCUUGAUCCUGCUAUGUAACUAUAUCAUAAGAUUAUUUGGAUUAAUUGGUUAUUUUUGGGGGUAUGAAGGACGUAUGUUUUGCAGAUUUCCGGCCCAGUUGAGACCAGAGAUCAUUAUUGCAGUUUUGCUCGGAAAACACAAGUGCUACAAGAGAUUUCAGGUACUGAUUUAGGACAAUUUUGGUGCAGAGCUUAGAGGUAAGACCAUCAGUUCUCUUAUCAUGAAGAUUGCAUGAGGCUUCUUUUCCUAACAACAUUUUGCAAAAUCAAAACAUCAUAUUCAUUCAUGGACAAGCUUGUUGUUUUACUGAAAUGUUGCAUUCAAUCUUUCCAAAAAUGUGUUCCUCCAUGUUCAUUGCAAAUGUGAUUCAUUGUAUCCUUCCCAGUUGCUACCCUGGUUAUAUUGGACGAAUUCCGAAUGAAAAAACACUUUCAAUUUUUUUUUGACAUCUUUUUGUUGACAUAAUGGAUAAAUUCAUGAUGAUUUUUUAUAUACAUUAUAAGUGAAUAUUCGAAUAAAAGAUCAUGUAUCCGUCCCUAUAUGCAUAGCUACUAUAUAUUCUAUAAGUAGUAAUGCUAUGCAAUCUUGCUCGAAUUGCUCAAACUAAUACUUGGAAAUUAUUGCAUUGUAAUCUUCCAAUGGGAAGGGUCGUCGUUUAGUACUUGUGGUUGUGGGUCGUGGCAGUUUUGGUUCAAAUAUAUGGGAUGAGAGGUUGCCUGGAAGAGGAAAGAAUGGCUUUGGUAGAGUUCAAAGCCUUCAUAAAAACAUUGGACGAGUAUCCAGAUGAUAGUCUAAUUCUAUGGGAUGUUAACGACAAUAAGAGUGACUGUUGCGACUGGGAGAGGGUUAAGUGCGAUGCCACCACUGGGCGAGUGAUGGAGCUCCAACUCUUCUAUGUGAGGCCUUGUUAUCCUUUUCCUUAUGGUCGAAGCGGCAUUCUUAAUUUUUCUUUGUUUCAUGCUUUUGAAGAACUGGUGAGCCUUGAUUGUCUUUCAAUAGAUUUGCUGGUUGGGUUUCGAAUGAAGGUUAUGAAGAAGGUUUCUGAAGUUUCAAGAAGCUGGAGAGGUUGAAUCUAAGUGAUAAUUCAUUUGAUACUAGUAUCUUCUCGUUUAUAAGAGAACUAAAAUCACUCAAGACUUUGAAUCUGGGUUCUAAUUACAUGGAAGGAAGCUCUUUUCCUGUACAAUAUUUAGUAAAUUUGGAAUAUUUGGAUGUUAGCUCUAAUAGAUUCCAUGGCAAGUUCCCUGUAAAAGAAUUAAUGAAGUUGAAGCACUUGAAAGGCCUGGAUCUAAGUGAUAAUUUCUUCAAUGACACCAUGGAAGGUCUUUGUGGAUCCCUCAUUGGGAAGAGUUGCACCAGAAUUGAAUCAUCAGUGCAAGUUGAAGAAGAAUAUCAUGGCGAUCAGACUGUUAUGGAUAUGGAUAGUUUUUAUUGGACUUUCGCUCCAUCCUAUGUUGUGGUUCUGUUGGCAUUAGCAGCAGUUCUUUGUAUUAACCCAAAUUGGCGCAGGUUCUGGUUUCACCGUAUUGAUUGGAUUAUUGAUUUAUGUUUAAAAAAGUUCUGAAAAAAAAUGCAAUAUAUAUUCUACCGCAUUAAUUUUGCUGGAAUUGAAGAAACAUAAUUUUGUCCUCAUUAUCCUGUCUAUCCAAUAUCAAUGCUAGUUUUAUAUUUUUAAUUAUUUUUGGUGAUUGCUGCCUACUAUAGUUUUCAUCUUCUUGUUAAGGCAUGUCUUUUGCUUGUGGACUACGUUCAUAUAUUUGAAAGACAACGUUUUCAGUGGGAAGAUAGGAGGCAAGUAGAACUCCAAGACAUUUCCAACAACAAUGUAUCCGGUGGCAUUCCUCAACUCUGAUUCUCUCAAGAACGACGAGGAAGUGCUUGGUCAACUUGGUUUUAGCCCGCACAUCAUCCCAUGUUUCGGCGAUGAUUACACGAUUGAGAAUGGUGAGGAGUUGUAUAACUUGUUCGUGGAGAACGCUGAUAAAGGAAGCUUGGCUGAUCAGGUUAGGAAAAGCGGUGGAAACAUGAUAUAAUCCGAUGCUAGAAGAUACGCAAGAUUGAUACUCAAAGGGCUUCGCUUUCUUCAUGCCAAAGGAUUUGCUUACUGUGAUAUUAAACUUCAGAAUAUUAUCUUAAUUAAAACGUGUGUACUGAAGAGAAUUUAAGGAAAUUAAGUAACAUGCGUACUAGUGAUC